AUGCUUCACGACUUCCACAACAAACUGACUGGUGUGUCAAUUUUGUUGGCGAUUGCUUUACUAGGUUGUACUGUGGGAGCUACAUGUACUGGUUGGAAACACGACAGGAUCAGCUUGGAUGACGGAUCACAAUUUUCAAAUCAUUACUCGGUGUUUCUCGAUCAGUUGGCUUGUCCAAUUAAUGCCACGGAAGAUUGUCAAUUUGCCCGGCGGUCAUACGACAUCACAGCCGAGCGCGAUCUUGUGAAUGGUGGCGGCCGGUCACUAGACCUUCCUUCAGACGAAGCAGAAGCAAUAUUCAGACUUGCUCAAGACAGUUUCAACAAAGAAAUCAACCGGGGAAACACAAAAAAUACAACGACGUUGAAAGAAUUCAUAACCCGCAACGCCACCGUGUCGACUCAGUCCCUCCAAAUUCUUGGUGAGGAUUCCAUUAUACUUCAAGUUGAGCCGGGCACGAACGAAACACUUUUGUGGACAUCAUUCUAUAUGUACUCUACCGGCACACUUGAUGGAUGUACCAACGAGACGUUGAACAACAUGACCAUCACAGCUGCCGCACCGUAUCUCACGCAGGAGCCCCGUCUCAAUAAUCUGACGGUUCUAGCAGGCACAUGGGCAGCAGCUGGGACCAAGAUUAGCGAUGACAAAACCAAUGGGGUGGCUUCGCUCGUCAAAGGGUCAUUCGACAACACAAUACCUUGGAUAGUGGUCACUACAUUGAUCGUGGCCUCUUCACUCUAA